CUCCUAAUCUACUUUAUGCGCCUUUAUCCUCGAUAGCUACAUCGUAAGGUCCCAAAUUUGUGACACCAUGGCUUCGCGACUCCUCGAACUCCCACGAGAGAUCCGAGAUCUUAUCUAUGAUUAUGUCCUUGUACGCGAUGUUAUUCCGGUCCAAUGUGCAGCCGUCCUAUCGGAAGUCGCAGCUAGCCGCAGCCCUGGGAUUUGUAGACAGCUCGACAAGAACUACCCGUUGAGACGCAUACGCGCUACGCGCCGCAUUUGGUACAUACCUCGCUUCGAUAUUGGUCUGACCUCCGCGGCGAACGAUUCAGGGGAGCUGAGGAACAUCCAGAUGACGUACCAACUGGGAAUGCCAUCAGAUAUGCUGUCCAGCCGCAGGAUAGAAAUUCGGCUGUUGCAAACAUGCCGACAAAUUUACCACGAAGCUAGGAAGUCCUUCUACGGAAAAAAUCUGUUUAGCUUUACAGCAGACUUUAGCGUCCCGACUGCGUUCGCGUUCCUGUGCGACAGGCCUGCCACAUCCCUGAAGCUUAUCUCGUCAAUCAAGCUUGUUUUAGUGGAGGCGAGCAACUUGAGGGGCACUAUAGGAGCUCAUUAUCCUGUGCUUCGCAGGUCAACAGACUCGCUGGUGUUGCAAUUCGCUUACAACCACUUCACGGAUCUUUGUACUCUGCUAUCCACUUCGCGCAUGGAUUUGCGGCGGCUACAUCUUAGCAUCAGCAGUUUACAUCAACGAUAUGACGUAGCUCCUUCUUUGGUCAAAGAAUGUUUGUCUUGGGAAGCAGAAAAGACCGAUGGACCGCGACCAUGGAUCGCUUCCUGGAUUGACCCUUUGACGAAGGUGGAAAGUCUUGAACACCUCAACAUACAUUGGGUUUUUGAUCGACCACGGCUUUGUAGAGUGGCAGACACGAUCUCUCAUAUGCGGUGCCAAAUGCUUGCAGACACUCGAAGCACGCUAGCUGAUCGGCCAGGCGCAUCGGAUGCAUCCAGACUUGAUUACCAACUGCACUAUCGAGUCGCCAUACAAGAUGGCAUCUCCAUUAGUUAUGAGGUAUCUAAGAAGGACUUGGACAGUCACAGGUCGGCUGGUGAUGAUAUUCAAUCCAGUGGAGAAGAGUUGAUGACUGCGUGGCGGCGACAAGUGCGAGAAAUAUUCGAGGCUUCCAGAUGUUUAUAGCCUUAUCGUUGUAUAUCAACCAGUCACGAACGAGGAGGGUGGAUUGUACCGCCGCAGCCCAAAUUGAAGGAAAGCCGUUGAAUUUAGUUGCUGUCAACAACAGAAGCGCCCACAGGUAGUGUGUACGCCUGUAUUGACAGUGAACAGCGUGCGAUCUAUCUUGCGGCUGGAAGAUCUGCGUCCGAUCGGAGUAAGGCGAUCUGGGGUUCCGAAAAGAAACAAGGUGCAGCUUUUGCUCUUUGUGCAAGGGAUUCCCUAAGCCGCCUGCAAUCA